AUGAGUUUAUGGUCAAAUGCCACCGUUCCGUUAAAUUUGUCGGACUUUGGCAACACAACAACAUCAAUCAAACCCGAGAUCAACAUUCCAGGGCUAAACGUGGCGGAUCCAUUAUUGAGUCAGAUUGUCACUUCAAAAAACGCUUUGGCCUUGCUUGAGUCGAGUCUACCUGCAAAUAUACCUAGCGAAGUAGAUAACGGCGGCGACGAAAAUACCAAAGUCGUUAUUCAGCUUCUCCAAGGGGCCUGUGAUGGCGACUUGGUCACUAUCGAGAGUAUACUCAGAAAGCACCCUGAUUUGGUCAAUGAAUUGUUCCCAACUAAAAGCGCAGGAGUUUCCGCUCUAGUAUAUGCCAUUUGCUUCAACCGAGAAGAUAUAGUAGAAACUUUGGUGGAAAAUCAUCAAGCAGACCCCGAUUUGAAUGACACCAUUGUCACGUAUACGCCACUAAUGUGGGCUGUGUAUCUUGGACAGUUGGAAAUCAUCAAGUUGCUAUUGAAUAACCAAGCAGACCCCUAUUUGAGUCCCCGCCAGGAUGGCAAAAAUGCAAUAUCCUUGAUAAAUCCUGAAAGACAAGAGAUUGUUGCAUAUUUCAAGUCGCACAAUCUUUUGAACAAGUCCAUUAAUGGGCAAAAUGAUGACGAAGUUUACAAAAUCAACACUUUUCUACCACAAGAUGGGCUUGGGUUUGAAGAUGAUUUACUGACAAAGCUAAAGCUCCACACUAUAUCAGGUACAAUUGACGACGAAGCUGCAGACCAAGAAGACGUUGUCAUUGAUGGCGACGAUGAAAUUGCCCUUGCUCAAGAUGCCGUGAUCCCUAGACUACAAGAGUUUGACUAUGAUAAACUACUACCGGAAGAAUAUAUCAAAUUUACCGAUAGUGACAUCCCUUCAUUGAUUAAUUAUAUUUUCAAAUUGCGGUCAAACACAAGCUAUCAGCACAAUACAAGAAUCCCAGCUGCGAUACUUUUCCAAUUGGUGAGGUAUGCCCAUUUGAAAGUAGAAUCGGAGGAGCUUACCAAUUUCUUAUUCGAUUGCUUCACGGCUCGACUUCGUACAGUCACCAAUACCAAGUCGGGAGCUUUCAACAUGGCAUUGCAAGAUGACACGAGUGCCAUGGGUGCAGGUGACAUUGUACUCUUGAGCUACUGGCUAUCUUCAUUGCAAUUUUUGCAUUUCUAUUUCAGCAAGGGUAAAACUUACCUCAAGUACCCUCGUUUUCUACAAGAAAUGAUCAAUCUUGUUCAAUCACUCAUUGCCACAUUAUCGUUUUCAGUCAAUUCCCGCUUGAAUCUUUUGGUUGGCGACUGCAUGUUGAAUUUCACUAGCUUACUCGAUGUCUCCAGCACAUUAUACGCCAAGGAUUGGAACCUCUUUAAAAAUAAAAAGCAUCCCAACAACUAUGACGCCAUCAUGAACACUUUAUACCCACCUACUCAAGCCGACUUGAUGAAACCGUCUCCCUUGCGCUAUAUCCAAGUAUUGGGAGCUCUAGACUAUGUCUUGAAAAUCCACAGCGUGGACAAUUUGAUCCGCAUACAAACUUUUUCACAGGUAUUUUAUUACAUGAAUUGCAUUAUUUUCAACAACAUCAUUGGACUGAGCAAAUACUGCACGCGGUCCAAAGCAGUGCAGAUUCGACUAAACCUUUCUGCUAUUGAAGACUGGUUGCGUUCUCACAAUUUGAAAUUCCCCAAGCCUGACACCAUUGGCGGGUUGGAUAAGUUGAUUGGCGGAGGUGGUGUUGGCGAAGCCAAUGGCAAUGCCCAAUUACACAACUACCUCAAAACCGACAAGAGUCUUCUGCUGAAGAACCCGCAAAGCUUGGAGUUUUACUAUGCUUCCUUAUAUCACGUGGGCAAGAACCAAUUACAACCAACCAUUGAACUUCUUCAAUGGUUGCAAUGCAUGUCUUCUUUGAAAGACCAGGAGAGCUUGAUCAACACCAUUAACCAAUUUGACUACUUGAACUACUACCAGUUGUAUAAAGUUGCCAACAAGUUGUACAAGUACGAAGUUGAAGAGCCCCGUUUAGCCAAGAGCUUGACAAGUUUCUUGAAACUGUUGAUGAAUGAACAAGGAGAACAGCAGGUUUCGAGAAAUUUCCAACACUAUAUGACGCAGUCAACAUUUCUUUCAAAGGAAGUUUAUGUUUAUCUCAAUCCAAACUAUAUUUUCGAUGUCGCGUUGCCUAACCUUGCCGAGUUGAUCAAUAGCUACGGCUCGGGAAUCGGCGGUGUUCGUGUGUUGAGAAGCAAAAAAUACCAGCCUUCUCUUCCCAUUAGUAUCGUCGACGAUAUCGACGAGAUUAUUACUGAAAACAGGAACAUGGAGAUGAAUGAUAGCUUUGACUAUGAAAGGGAGAAAACAAAGAAAGAUGGGCAAGAUAAUCAAGAUGAGAAUCAAGAAGAAGAAGAAGAAGAAGAAGAAGAAGACGAACAGGAGAAGGAGAAGGAAAAUCAGCGUCUGACAGCGGGAAGCAGGUUUGAAACAAUAAAGGGCGAUGAGUUGUUCAAGCAAGUUCAAUUACCAAACUCGUUGAUGCAUAAGGAAUGGGGCUCCACAAGCAAAGAAGACUUUGAGACAAAUCCUUGGUAA